ACUCUCGACGGGGAAUAAAUAACUGUUAGAGUCUAAGUGAGUGAUAGAGAGAGAACAAUAAUAUAAUGAGAAAGCCAUCUGAGAUGUCACCGUCCGGCAAGAAUGGCUCCAACGCCGGCACCGGAAACUGUAGCAGCAACAACGCCGGGAAGCUCCGGAAAGGGCUAUGGUCGCCGGAGGAGGACGAGAGGCUGAUGCAUUACAUGCUGAGCAACGGGCAAGGGUGUUGGAGCGAGGUGGCGAGGAAUGCCGGACUGCAGCGCUGCGGUAAGAGCUGCCGGCUCCGGUGGAUCAACUAUCUCCGGCCGGAUCUCAAAAGAGGCCCCUUCUCGCCGGCCGAAGAGGAGCUUAUUAUGCAUUUGCAUUCCCUCCUCGGCAACAGGUGGUCUUUAAUUGCAGCACGUCUACCCGGACGUACAGAUAAUGAGAUCAAGAACUUUUGGAACUCAACACUGAAAAAGAGAACAAAAAACUCUUCAUCUUCAUCCACCACAUCACCAAACACAAGCCACUCUACAUCUUUAGGGACCUGCAUGGACAUUAUCAUUGGAGCUCACAACCAUCAAAGUAGCAAUAACAAUCACACUAUUGGGUCCCUAAUAUCUUCACCGAUGUACAUGCACGACUCAUUGAUGUCAUCUCUAUUUUCUUCCUCCAUAUCCCUGAACACCACACUUGAUACAUUGCCAAACGACUUUUCCAAUUUGGAAACAUGCAGUAGAACCAACAUUGGAAACUAUUGUAGGGAGGAUGUUAUAUUUGGUGGGAUCAAUGGAGCAUUACACGGAUCUUCACACCAUGUUUCCGCUUCAUCUAUAGAGAAUCCUAAUAACCUUAAAUACAAUAUGGUGGAACCCGAGGGGAUUGAUAGUAUGAUGAACAUACAUAAUAUUAACUCCAAGGGUAACUAUGAAAUGGUGAGUAGCACCAACCACAUAAGUGACCAUUUUAUGAGUAAUGACACAAUCAAUAAGAUCAAAGUACAUAAUGAUGUGGGGGGAGAUUGUGAGAGCUAUUGGGAAGAUGCAAGAGAAUGGGAUAUAGAAGAGUUGAUGAAGGAUAUCCCCAAUCCUACUCCAUUUCUUGAUUUUCCAAUUGAAUAGUAAAUAACACUUGCUCACAUUUCCAAUGUAAUUCUAUACCCUCACACAUUUACAGAAGACUGUGAUUUUAUCAAAUUAUUAUUGAUUUUUAGGUGUACAUCAAAGAGGUAUCAAUUCAAUAAUAAAUUUGUAAGGAGAUUAAUUCUUGUAAAUAUGUGUAAAGUAAUCACGUAUAUUAUCUACACUAUGUUACGGUGUUUGUAAUGAUCUUAAUAAAAAUCUAGCUAUUUGUGAUGA